UUCACGGUCACGGCUAGUUGCUGCUCGCUUCUUUCCUCUAAACCGAACAAAAAGCGGCAAAACUGUGAAUUCCGUGAUAAAACUGUGCAAAGCAAAAAGUGGCGUAUGUUUGGUGAUUCCGUGCUUUUGGUUUCCGCGCCUGCAGCUGUGCGUUUUCGUGAAAGCGGCUCGUCUAGCGAGGUGGUACACCUGGCCGAAGGUGGUUUUGCGCUGACGCAAACACGUUUGCGUGUGGUUUGUGAUAAGCAAAAUGUGCCCGGGAUUUGCUGCCCAGUCUCGACGAGUAACUAAAUUGUCCUAAUCGAUCGAUAGGCAGGUCCCGUGGCUUCCCGGAGCUGUGUUUGUCUAGUGGUGUCCUGAAGGUCGCGCUGCCAGUGGAAAUUACCAGUUCGCGCUAGCUGUGUCGCAGUGCACUUGGAUUCCGUAGCCGGGAAACGGGAGUGUAUCCUACCGACUCCUGGAACAUGCUUCCUGGUGCUAGUCGACUGAAAAUGAGAACACGGUUCGCUUACGGGAACAAGCCGCAGCAUCACAGCCUCGACAGUGAACACGUUUGGCCGCCGGCGUGUACUAGCUACGAGGGCCAUGCUUUCUUCUCGGACACCAACGCCACGCUGCUUAUCAACAGCGGAAGUUAAUGUAGAUUAAGGAACUCAUUUGGCCAACGCAGAGCUUGUGCGGUUUGCGUUUUGCACUUCGAAACGACUUGCCAUCAGCAGCAGCAGCAACAGCGCAGUGCCUAAUUCUGUAAAGAAUCCAACAACCAAUUCCUAGCCACGAAUCACCGCCGCCGCACCACAUGCCGAGCAAAAAGCUUACAUUCCCUGAGUUCUUUUAAGUGGAAAAUCCUAGACAAAGCGCCAUACCUCUUCCUGCCGUACCCUCGCACGCAUGUUACCACGCGGAUACGUGUUUCGUUGGAUCUGGUGAUGCCGGUUGGAAUGAUGAUUAACUGGAUGAGCUAAAAUCGCACAAAUCUGUGCCACGGCGCAUUCCACGGCUGGUAACACCAGUUUGUCGUGACGGUAACAUCUACAGCAACGCAGGAACAAAACAACUGGUAUCUUGACACAGCUGUACCACCAUUUGGGUCACUAACUUGGGAUUCGAAAUUGAAUGCAAAACAAUGGACGAAAAGGAAGUGAAUUUUUUGCCGAAACCGAAAAUUCCGGAAGUUGGAUGCUUUCGUUCGAUCUGUGACCGUUGUUGAAUGAAUUCCGUGGAUAGCCGCUAGCGAUCGCUCAUUGAAAAUCGUGAAGGAUUUCAUCUAGAGUUUAUUAACUUCAUCUGUCCGACGGGUAUUACAAUGGAUAACGCUGAAAUACGUCACGUCCAAAGAGACCUUAUCCCAGCCCGGGUGGUGCUCUACAUCCUAUCAUGGUCCGGGUUUCUGGUUUCGUUCGUGAUGCGCAACGACAUCAACUUUGCGCUGGUGGCGAUGGUGGAGGAUUCGGCUACAAACGCCAACAGUACCGAUCACUGCUCGAGCUCAAGCCUAAUGAGCUCGUUGAUGAGCAACCGAUCGGACUCAAUGCUCGGCAGUGUGAACGAUACGGAGCUGGAGGAUUUACCCGUGAUGAUCGGCGAUGUAAAGUUCGACUGGGACUCGACGGUGCAAGCCAUUAUCAAAUCGUCCUUCUACUGGUGCUACGUCCUGUCUCAGGUGGUCGGUGGUGUAGCGACACAGUACUUCGGUACGAAGAGCGUAUUUGGUUGGUCACAGUUCAUAACGGCCGCCUGCAGCCUGCUGAUACCGCACGCCGCCGAUAUGCAUUACGGUGCCGUGAUCUUCUUACGUUCGGUGCAAGGUUUCGCGAGUGGUUUGACUUGGCCGGCCAUGUACGCUAUCGUUGGCUACUGGAUACCGCCGGUUGAACGAAGUCGGUUCAUGAGCAGCUUCCAGGGUUUCAGCAUUGGCAUCGGAUUAACGUAUCCACUCUGUGGGUUCAUCAUUGCGAACUUUGGCUGGCGCCAGGUGUUCUACACGACCGGCUCGAUCGGUAUGCUGUGGUGUGUGUUUUGGUACCUUCUAGCGUACAACACACCGCAGGAGCAUCCUCGCAUCACCCCGGAGGAGUUGGAGUACAUUGAGCUGAACGUCAGUGAGGACAUUAAGAAUGGGCAAGGGAUGCGGGUACCCUGGCGUCGCAUCUUCACCUCGAUGCCGGUUUGGGCGAUCGGUCUUACGACGUUCGGGCGCAUCUGGGUGCACUACACGUUCAUCAUGUCGGGCCCGGAGUACAUGCAGAAGAUCUUCUGCUUCGACAUCCAGCAGAACGGGCUCCUGUCUGGCGCACCGUUCCUGUGUUCGUACCUGUCCUCGGUGCUGUUCUGCUAUAUCGCCGACAUCCUAAUGGACCGUAAGACGCUCUCGCUGACCAACGUUCGCAAGCUAUUCACCGCCCUAUCGCAAAUCGUGCCCGGUGUGCUGGUGCUGCUGGUCGGCUACCUUGGCUAUCAAAUCGUAACGGUGCUCAUCUUGUGGUUUGUUGCCGUCACCUUCAUCACGGCAUCGUAUGCUGGCGCGAUGGCCAACAUCGUCGACAUUGCACCGAACCUUGCCGGACCGGUGCUGGCGUUCGCGCAAACCAUCCACAUGACGGCCUCCUUCGUACAGCCGCUCGUGACUGGCUUCAUGGUAACGGACUCGCAAAACAUCAAUCAGUGGUUGCACGUAUUCGGCGUUUCUUCGGUGGUAGCGAUCAGUACCUACGUCAUCUAUCAAGUGUUCGGAACGGCGGAAAUUCAAUCCUGGAACUAUCCUGACAACGAUCCAGAAAUCUCCUCGUCGGACGAUUCGGCCGUCAUCGCAAAUCAGCCGAUGAUUAAAGUGGAACCGGGACUUAAGUUUGAUGAUGAUGAUGACGAUUGAGAGAGAUAAGCAUGAAUAGCUACAACCAUCGCUUUCGCGACUAAACCGAGAAGUCCCAAAAGAAUCUUUGAAGCACAGAAGUUGGAUUUGGGUUUUUUUCUCUUCUGUUUUCCCCUUUUCACUGCCAAACACCGAUCGGCAACUUAGAGCACUGCGAAUACAAUGUUACAAUCAUCACUAACACGAGACAUAUGAUGUCGUAUUGCAAACAUGAUAGAAAUGUAGCAAAAGUGACGGGUUCCGCAAAUAACCCACCCGGGGACAUGAAUUAAAUACCGCGAACGUAUCGCCCAUAGCAUAGCAGCAUUCAAUGACGCACCACGAUACGAGUGAAAGGGAAAAGAUGAAUUGUUCAGAGCUAUACCUUCUACUAGAUCGACGUGUAAUGUUGAAGUACUACAAAAGGUUAAACGUAAGUUUAUAAUCGAUGCUAGCUAGCAUGUUAUGACUAAGUCCGGUUACAGAUGUGUUAUGCAACGAGUAAUCUUGGUCAUUGCGAAUCAUUUUCUUCUUUGUGCAAAAUAGUUCCAGGGUCCAUCGGUAACUAACAAUUAGCACUAGCAGCAGGUAUCAGCGGGUUUUCGAUCGAAACGAAUCCGCUUUUCGCAGGCGAGUGCUUACACUUAUAGGCAGACGCAAGAGGAAUACUGGCUAGAUUUUCUUAAGACAUUGUUAUUCACGCCCAUUAUUAUUAGUUGAUAGACAGAUUCUGACAUUGCCAUUCGAUUGUUAACUUUAUGCUUAGGUUACGGUAAAAACAAGAGUGGUGCCCAGCCUUAAGCUACUAUCCGUAUCGGCCGUUAUCUUAAUUUUGAUUUGUUUGUUGAUUGAUUUCUUCGUAUUAUUAUACUUUCUUUUCUCAAGCAAGACUACUAUAAGAGACAGUAAAUGGCGCGGACGGAGGCACGACAGCUAUCUGCCCCGAUAGGGCGGAUGGGUGAGGAUUUUGUGCAGGGCUAGAGCUAUACUUAAUCGUUAAUAAACAUACAUUGUUACCACUCCUUGGAGCAAGUUCGAUUGUUAGUAGCAACUACAAACAGUAACACAGAUACAUAAAGUAGUAACCUACCUAUAUUGCAUGAGUAGGGAAUUCAACACAAAGCAGGUACAAUGAGCUCCUCGCAGGGAAUGGAAAGAAAAGUAAGAGAUGCUCAUGUUCAGCCAGCGCUGUUAAGUAUUGGAGAAACUUGUGAAAAUGAACCAUGUGCCUGUCGCAGUCGCAGCUGCGUACGAAAAUCCAAGUUUCUUCAUGCUCAAGCGAUGCGGGAUUGUUAAUCGUAUGACAGGAUCGAGGGUAAUUCAAACGUUCCAUUAAAGUAUCCUUCAUUUUACGGCGCGUGCUGCUGGUGGAGAAAGGCAAAACUGAUUCUGAGCUGCAAGUGAGGCAGUGAGGUAGUAGGAAACAUUUCUUCCGUGGUGCAUUGUGAAAUCAAAGCAACCUGUAAAAGUAAAACAUUCUCAUUGAUCGAAGGACUAUCGAAGAAGUAGAAGGUGAAAAUUGUGAUCUCAUAAAUCUACUCGAUUGUGGCAAUUGCAAGAUACGGAAAGCAUAUAAGAAAACCUCUAAAUGUGCCCCAUAUAUCCACCUCUUUUCGCUGUCUGCCAGUAAAAGUUUUGAAUUCUAGUAAGAAUGGUGUUCGGUGCGAUCAGUGUAGUGCGAAAGCGAAAGAGUGAGAUGUGACUUCAUCGGGAGCGCGUGUUACGGAAUGGUGGAAAAGAAAACUUGUAGAAAAUGAACAACACAAUGCACAAUCUGAUUAAAAUAUGUGUAAAUAUAAA